AUGAGUGAGUCAAAGCAAGAACAAGACACUGUUAUAGCUUCAGUUCAUUCAACCGUCUUCAAAGAAUCAGAAAAUCUCCAUGGAAAAUGUAUCCAAAUCGAGGGUUACGAUUUCAACCGCGGCGUUGAUUAUCAUAACCUUCUCGAAUCCAUGCUCACUACUGGGUUUCAAGCUUCCAAUCUCGGUGAUGCAAUUCAAGUCGUUAAUCAAAUGCUAGAUUGGAGGCUGGUUGAUGAACCUAUUGCUGAGGAUUCUAGUGACGAAGAGAAGGAUUUGGAGUACAGGAAAUCUGUUGAUUGUAAAGUGUUUUUGGGUUUCACUUCUAAUCUUAUUUCUUCUGGUGUUAGAGAUGUUGUGAGAUACCUUUGUCAGCAUCACAUGGUUCAUGUAGUUGUUACAACUACAGGUGGUAUUGAAGAAGAUCUUAUAAAGUGCCUUGCACCAACAUAUAAAGGAGAUUUUUCUUUGCCUGGAGCUUAUCUUCGUUCAAAAGGACUGAAUAGAAUCGGUAAUUUAUUGGUCCCUAAUGACAAUUAUUGCAAAUUCGAGGACUGGAUUAUUCCUAUUUUUGAUCAAAUGUUGAAGGAACAAAAUGAUGAGAAUGUGCUGUGGACACCAUCCAAGUUAAUAGCUCGAUUGGGAAAAGAAAUUAAUAAUGAAAGCUCCUACCUUUACUGGGCAUACAAGAACAAUAUUCCGGUUUAUUGUCCAGGAUUAACCGAUGGCUCAUUGGGUGACAUGCUGUACUUCCAUUCCUUCCACAACCCUGGUCUGAUUGUGGACAUAGUACAAGAUAUAAGGGCCAUGAAUGGUGAAGCCGUUCAUGCAAAUCCUAGGAAGACAGGCAUGAUUAUUUUAGGAGGCGGCCUUCCAAAGCAUCACAUUUGCAAUGCCAAUAUGAUGCGCAAUGGUGCAGACUAUGCGGUUUUUAUUAACACUGCACAAGAAUUUGACGGGAGUGACUCUGGAGCUCGUCCGGAUGAGGCUGUUUCAUGGGGGAAAAUACGAGGAUCUGCUAAGACCGUUAAGGUACAUUGUGAUGCAACGAUAGCAUUCCCUCUGCUGGUUGCUCGAACAUUUGCUUCGAGAAGAAAACCUCAAGAUUGA